GAACAGCAGGUGAGGAUGGAUGUGGUCGACAGCCUUCUCGUGAAUGGAAGCGACAUCACCCCUCCCUGUGAGCUGGGAAUCAAAAAUGAGACGCUUUUCUGCUUGGAUCAGCCCCAACCUUCCAAAGAGUGGCAGCCGGCCGUGCAGAUUCUCCUGUACUCCGUGAUUUUCCUGCUCAGCAUGCUGGGGAAUACGCUGGUCAUCACCGUGCUGAUUCGGAAUAAGAGAAUGAGAACUGUCACCAACAUCUUCCUGCUCUCGCUGGCGGUCAGCGACCUCAUGCUCUGCCUCUUCUGCAUGCCGUUCAACCUCAUCCCCAACCUGCUCAAGGAUUUCAUCUUCGGGAGUGCUGUUUGCAAGACCACCACCUACUUCAUGGGCACCUCUGUGAGUGUAUCCACCUUUAAUCUGGUAGCCAUAUCUCUGGAAAGAUACGGUGCGAUUUGCAAACCCCUGCAGUCCCGGGUCUGGCAGACCAAAUCCCAUGCUUUGAAGGUGAUUGCCAUGACCUGGUGCCUCUCCUUCACUAUUAUGACUCCGUACCCAAUUUAUAGCAACCUGGUGCCUUUUACCAAACAUAACAACCAGACCGCCAAUAUGUGCCGCUUUCUACUGCCAAAUGAUGUCAUGCAGCAGUCCUGGCACACGUUCCUGUUACUCAUUCUUUUUCUUAUUCCCGGGAUCGUGAUGAUGGUGGCAUAUGGAUUGAUCUCUCUGGAACUUUACCAAGGAAUAAAGUUUGAUGCUCUCCAAAAGAAGUCUGCUAGGGACAGGAAACCAAGCACCGGCAGCAGCGGCCGGUAUGAGGACAGCGAUGGGUGUUACCUGCAGAAGGCCAAGCCCCGCAGGAAGCUGGAGCUUCAGCAGCUGUCCACCCCCAGCAGCGGCGGGGUCAACCGCAUCAGGAGUAGCAGCUCCACCGCCAACCUCAUGGCCAAGAAGCGCGUGAUCCGCAUGCUCAUGGUCAUCGUGGUCCUCUUCUUCCUGUGCUGGAUGCCCAUCUUCAGCGCCAACGCCUGGCGGGCCUAUGACACGGCCUCGGCCGAGCGCCGCCUCUCAGGGACCCCCAUUUCCUUCAUCCUCCUGCUGUCCUACACCUCCUCCUGCGUCAACCCCAUCAUCUACUGCUUCAUGAACAAACGGUUCCGCCUCGGCUUCAUGGCCACCUUCCCCUGCUGCCCCAACCCCGGUCCCCCAGGAGCGAGAGGAGAGGUGGGAGAGGAGGAAGAAGGUAGGACCACGGGCGCCUCUCUGUCCAGGUAUUCCUACAGCCACAUGAGCGCCUCGGCGCCGCCCCCCUGAGCUGGGCCCGCCUCCAGCGCCGCAGGAAGGAGGGGCGGAGGGGGGAGACCCGAAGGAAGAUUCCAUUGCCCAUGGGAACUGUUCAUUGUCUGCUUUUCAUCCUUCAUCCGGGUUCCGGGAGAAACUCCCGCAGAGCGGGGCUGUGACUUGGUUUCUGGGCAAUUCAGGCAGGAAGGGUUCAGUAACAUUCACCAUCAGAAACACCUCAACAGGCCAGUCACAGGAGUCCAACAGGGCUCAUACUACAAAUGCGAGGCCAAACACGUGGUCCAAAUGGAGAUGUGAACCCUACUUAAGCUUUAGAAGUUUCUAGAACAUCCACGGUGGGCUCUCAUUCCCCCUGGUGACACAGUUCUGGGCUCUGCUUCAUCUGCUGAUGCAGAAGUGUGGAGGCUGCUUUGCCUCUGAAGAGUCUAUCAUGCACAUAGUGUAGCCACCACCCUCAUCAUGACCACAAAAAGGGGACAUGAAGCAAACCCCCUUCUGGCCAUUUUUCUGAAGUAAGACAACAGCCUGACUUUUUCUUUUUGAGGUUGGCCAGGGCCAUUCAGAGACGUAAUUUUAUGGUGUCACCAAGAGAGCAUAAGGAAUGUUAUCUAAAGAGACUGAAUUGGGAAUUUAUGUUUCUAAAAAGAAAAGAGAUUUGCGGCAAAUAGCUGAGUGGAAUGCCAUCUUCCCAUCAUUACAUUAAGAGCCAGAAGGCACGCAGAAAAUUUUUUCUACUUUAAUGAUAUAUAUCGCUUAACUCCAACUUUAUAUGGCGAUAUGGAACCCCAUGGCUUCUUUGCCUCAAUUUCUCAGACUCAUCUGGCACUGCCUCUUUCCCAGAAGGACUCCAGGUACAAAGGAGAGUUGUAACCUAUGUGUACCUGUCCAAGGGUGGAAGCAGAAACAUGUAUAGUCAGUCCCAGAAGAAAAACUGGCACACUCGGACUCCACUCGCAAAUAGCUUUGAAGGUCAAAGCUGUCUGUCCCAUUAAAUAUAAUCUAUGUAUUUGUCAGUAAUUGUAUUAAGUUGGUAUAUAUGUACAAACCAAACAUAUAAGUCUGUUCUUUACAUAUAAGUAUAUUCUUCAGUGUGUUUAAAAAAGAAAAAAAAAUAGUGAAUGGAUGUUGGAAUUCAGUAAUUGUUAUCAUUUUACAUUCCUUCACAACAGCUAGAGUUCCACGUGAACUUUUCCUUGCAAAACUAGGGUUGAAAUCUCUCUCCUCCAAUUCAGAAAUCUCAAUUAAAAUAAGACAUGAGCUAUAAAUUUAGAUAGUAGGGAGUAUAUUUCUAGAAUAGAAUGUAUCAAUCCGCUCCGCCAGCCCUUCUUUUUCUUUCUUUUUUUUUUUUUCAGGGUAAUAUUGUCUUGACUAUUUAAAUAAAUUAACACAGGCAUUUUUGACAGAAACAAGUGCACAUGCUAGUGUAGGAAUAAAAAAGGAAAGAAGGAGGGAAGGAAGGAGAGAGGGAAGGAGGGAAGGAAGGAGAGAGGGAAGGAGGGAAGGAAGGAAGGAAGGAAGGAAGGAAGGAAGGAAGGAAGGAAGGAAAGAAGGAAGGAAGGAAGGAAGGAAGGAAGAAGUUCAUAGUGUCCAUGCCUCCAAGUGUCUGACAAGUGAGCUUUUCUUUUCCGGGCUUUCAUGGGACCAUGACCAUCCAUUGUUCCAGACCUGACAUUCUUCAGGAUGCACAAAGGUCAGUGAUUUCAAUCAUGGAAAAAAAAAAUCCGUGUGAAAAGGAGAAAGGGAAGACAGUGGCAAGAAGGGGUCAUGAACAGGGGAAGGGAUAUUGUGUAAUUUAAGAUGUGUCACCAUUUAAUUUUUUGGGUGGGAUGGCUGUGUGCUAACAGACGAAACAUUAAUGAGAACAUGACCAUUUAUUAUAGGGGACUUUUCAAGCCAGAUGUUAGUUUUUCUAUUUCUCAGGCUGCCGUGUCAUGUUAGUAUUUAUAACCAGUCAUCUCAAAUAUUUCAAGAUAAAAAAAUUCAAUGGACUAAAGCACGUACUGCUAAAUGAUAAAAGGAAUAAGAUGUGAAAUUGUCUCCAUUAUUUAAGUAAAUUCUACAAAAUCUACAAUUUUCCUUCCAGAAGAAAAAGCCUUCCCCUUUGACAGUGUUAGCCUAUAAAUAAAGAUAAAUUAGGCCCUCCCCCCAUUACUGGGAAAGUCUGGAAGUCCCAAAGGUGUGUUAACAUCUGCAUAGGGGUGCCAGAUUUAGCAAAUAAAAAUACGGGAUGUCCAGUUAAAUUCUAAUUUCAAAUAAGUAACAAAUAAUAUUUUUUUAGCAUGAGUAUGCCCCAUGCACUAACGUACAUCCUGCAUUUUAUCUGGCAACCCUACUUUAAAAUAAUUUUAAAAGUACACAAAAAUAUAAAUAAGAUUUCCCAGAUAUAGGACAGUAAUAUGCCUCUGUUCACUAAAAUUCUUUGGAUGGUCUUUCAUAUAAUGGAAGCUUUUUUAAAAAAGAAGAAAAAUGCUAUUAACUUUCAGAAUCUGUGUCUGACCUUUGGGAACGGUAUCGUCAACAGGCUGAUUUUACUUAAGAAACAUUUUUAUUAACAUAAAGCUAUUCAAGUACUUUGUGGAAUCAGCUGCCGUUAUUUCAUGCUGCAGUGGAUUACUAAUUUGAAUUGGAACAAAAGCGGCCCAUACAGUUAAGAAAACAGAUUCACGAAGUUCCUGGUGUUUUCUAGUGUUUUCAGGUAGCUUCCACACAUCACCCCAGUGCAGUGAAUUACAACUUGUGUCUUUGAUCUUUACUUAACCGAUAUGUCCCAAUGGUUUCUGGUGCCCCCGUUACUGUGGUAAUUUCUCAUGAUAAACUUGUAGUGGUGAAUGAGCAAUGCAUGUAUCUAUAUGUUGGUCACACAUGUUUGCCUAUGCUUAACAUGUAUCUCCUCCAUUCGGUUAAAAUGUAAUCAUGAGGCACGUGACAGUAGCUGUUGAACCUCCAACCUCCACUGUAAUUCCUUCCAGUGUUUUGCCCAGCACUCUGCACACUGGGAUUGCUCAAUA